AUGUCAUCCUUUGGACCAUCAGUGGUUUCUCCGACUCAAGCAAUGUCUCAGCAGGCCUCUCCAUCGCCAAACUCCCAAUCCAAUCCCAAUGGCGAGGUUUCAAUCUAUGCACAUCAGAAGUGGAACUCAUCGGCUCAUCAACCUCAGCUCUACCUUGCAAGGCUCCCAACGGUCAUCCCAUCCAGCGACAACUCGGCCAGAUCGCUCCAACUAGGCGUUCCACGACCCAAGCGAAAAAGAAUCACUCCGGAGCAAUUGGAGGUGUUAUCGAAUCUAUUUGAAUAUACUGACACACCCACGUUCGAUCUACGGGAAGCAAUUGGUGCAAAAUUGGGAAUGUCCAAUCGUGAAGUUCAAGUGUGGUUCCAGAAUAGACGAGCAAAGGUUAACCGCCAGAAAGCACCAUCCAACUCGCAAGCAACCCUGCAUGACCGACCGCAGCCAUCUACUUCCCAGCAAGACCGAAGUCGAGCUUCUUAUGGCCGGGUGAAGAGCUCUGCUCCUGAGCUGUUGCUGCCCAGCGUUUCAACCAUGCUCAAUUGCUCAACCGAUGCAUCCAGCCCAACCUUCUCGUCAGCAUCCUUACUGCCGCCCUUCCAGCCAACUGUUCUAGGGGUCAAUACCAUCCCAGAUGGACUGGUUCGUCGAUCUGCUCACGAUCGCUGCCAGCUAGCUACUAGGCCCUCCUCGCCACAAGACGCGUCUGUCUCCGAUCGAUUGCCUAGGUCUGAGCUGCAACUACGCAGUCCGUCCGGCUCUCAUCGACGGAACAUCCCCAGUACCCCUUGCUCUCCCUAUACCCGCAAGUGGCUGCCCCGGCGCGCUCCCGAUGCCCCCUGCCAUGAUUAUCCCGCUGAUCCUCUAUCGCCGCGCCGGUCAAGCACCGAUCCUCAAUCGAAAUCAGCAAUCCUCCCUGACCACUUGGCCAGCCAUCAUGCUGUACGCCCUAGGUGGAGCUCACAUACGGCCAAAUCACAUCUGAACUCACACGUCGCCUCCCAGCGCCCACCAUCCCAAUACUUGAACAUUGGUUCCAUGAGAUUGGAUCAGCCCCACGCCGAUACAGCCGUCAAUCUGAACAGUUAUUCCUUGACCCGACUCUCGCGCUCGACUGAUGAAAAUCCUCGACCACAGCCCUUUGAGCCCCAGUCAUCAAGUUCCGUCUACGACUUUUCACCCGAUCAGGUGUCUCCUACCGAGUCUAAUUCAUCUUCCCGCUCGAGUUCGCCACCAAGCCACCAUCCACAUGCUCAAAACCGAGCGCCGUGGCAGUCACGCGGAGAGACAUUUCAUGCGCCCAAGCCCGACGGUCCUGUUCGGCUGAUGAACCAACCGUGA